CGGGGCCCCGCGCCGCCCCCGCCGCUGCCCGGCACCCCCCGGGCACCGGCUCUUCCCGAUCUUGGAUUCUGAACUUGAAGCAGUUCUUCAAGAUUAUAUGCUUCUUGAAACUCGGAAGGUAUCUGCAAUAAAUAGGAUUGGCCAUGAGAAUUUGUAACAUUCCUUUGGAAAUACUGUGAUGGGGCCACUGAGAAGUUACCUUCCUGUGUACAGACUUCAUUAAAAGCAUCCACUUCAAGAAACUACAACUGUGUUUAUUCAAGCUUUGAAUUUGGAAGUCGUGACGGGAUCCCUGCCACGGCACGCUUGAACCGUGAAACCCAGAGCCUAAUGAGCUGUGUGAGGGCCCUGUGCUUGGUGAUAUCCCAUCUCAAGAUGCUGCUAAUACAGUAGCUAAUUAUUCCUAACUGAAGAAGUCGAACAGAAGAAAAAGGAUCCAGGGAAAAGCAAUGGCUGCCGCAGCUGACGGUUUGGGAAGUAUAGCUAUAGAUACCACACAGCUUAACAUGUCAGUCACUGAUCCCACAGCUUGGGCUACGGCUAUGAAUAAUCUGGGGAUGGUUCCAGUAGGACUAGCAGGACAACAGCUUGUGACAGAUUCAAUCUGUGUACCAGGCUUUGAUCCAAGCCUUAGCAUGAUGACUGGAAUCACGCCAAUUAACCCAAUGAUACCAGGCAUGGGGUUAGUGCCACCACCACCACCAACAGAUGUGCCUGUAGUCAAAGAAAUAAUUCACUGCAAAAGCUGCACACUCUUCCCUCCAAACCCAAAUCUUCCACCACCUUCAACAAGAGAGAGACCUCCUGGGUGUAAAACCGUGUUUGUUGGAGGAUUACCAGAAAAUGCAACGGAGGAAAUUAUUCAGGAAGUCUUUGAGCAGUGUGGAGAUAUAACAGCAAUUCGGAAAAGCAAGAAGAAUUUUUGUCACAUUCGUUUUGCAGAGGAGUUCAUGGUUGAUAAAGCCAUUUACCUUUCUGGUUACCGCAUGAGAUUAGGAUCUAGCACAGACAAAAAGGAUUCAGGUCGCCUUCAUGUUGAUUUUGCUCAGGCAAGAGAUGACUUUUAUGAAUGGGAAUGCAAACAAAGAAUGCUAGCCAGAGAAGAACGCCACAGACGUAAAAUGGAAGAGGACAGACUGCGCCCUCCUUCACCUCCAGCAAUAAUGCAUUAUUCUGAACAUGAAGCUGCUUUGCUGGCUGAAAAAUUGAAAGAUGAUAGCAAGUUUUCCGAGGCCAUCACGGUGCUGCUCACCUGGAUUGAGCGAGGCGAGGUGAAUCGUCGCUCUGCAAACCAGUUCUAUUCCAUGGUGCAGUCGGCCAACAGCCACGUCCGCCGGCUCAUGAACGAGAAGGCAGCUCACGAGCAAGAAAUGGAGCAAGCCAAGGAGAGCUUCAAAAAUGCCUUAACAGGGAUCCUCACUCAAUUUGAGCAGAUUGUCGCCGUUUUCAACGCUUCUACCAGACAAAAAGCUUGGGACCAUUUCUCGAAAGCCCAGCGAAAGAACAUAGACAUUUGGCGAAAGCAUUCUGAGGAGCUCCGAAAUGCUCACAGUGAACAGCUCAUGGGAAUCCGCCGGGAAGAGGAGAUGGAAAUGUCCGAUGAUGACAGUGGUGACAAUCCCAGUAAAAAGCUGAGAGUAGAUGAUUCAGCUCUAGCCGCCCAAGCAUAUGCGCUGAAGGAAGAGAACGAUAGUCUCCGAUGGCAGCUGGAUGCUUACAGGAAUGAAGUGGAGCUCCUGAAGCAGGAGAAAGGACAGCUCUUUCGAACAGAAGAGAGCCUUACAAAGGACCAGCAGCUGCAGUUCCUACAGCAGACAAUGCAAGGCAUGCAGCAGCAAUUGCUGAGCAUACAGGAAGAAUUAAAUAACAAAAAAUCUGAACUGGAGCAAGCAAAGGAAGAGCAAACGCAUACACAAGCAAUGCUUAAAGUCCUGCAGGAACAGUUAAAAAGCGCCAAGGAAUUAGCAGAAAUCAAUGGGCAUGAUGAAUCUCAAGCAAAUGAAAUCAAUGUAUUGACAGUAGCAUUGGUCAACCAGGACAGAGAAAAAAACUCAGAAAAACGAAGCCCAGGUCUAAAAUCAGAGAAAGAGGCACUAUUAAUAGGUAUCAUAUCCACAUUUCUUCACGUCCACCCUUUUGGAGCCAAUAUAGAGUAUCUUUGGUCUUAUAUGCAGCAGUUGGACUCUAGGAUCUCUGCAAAUGAGAUAGAAAUGCUUUUGAUGAGACUGCCACGCAUGUUUAAACAAGAAUUCACUGGUGUAGGAGCAACACUGGAAAAGAGGUGGAAGUUUUGUGCCUUUGAAGGAAUUAAAACUAUCUGACUGUGACUAGUAACGAAGCUAUGCAGAAAAAGAAGAAUUCCUAGAGCAUGGCAGGGUUAUAAAGUAUUAAAGUAAGAAAUUUGGGUUUGGGCACAUAGUAGUACGUUUUCAAAGUUAUCCAAGCCUAAUUUUAGUUACAUUUGUGAUGUUCUCUUGUGAGUGGAAAUGUAGUUGUGCACCAGUUCCUAAAAUAAAAAUAAAAUUUUAAAAAAAGUUUCAAAAUGUGACAGAUUGUUUCCUAUGAAAACUGAAGAAAGAUACCACAGUCAUAACGAUUUCAAAAUACUACAUGUCCUACAUCUAAGAAAAGCUCAUUGAGCAAAGAGUUAAGGAGAAAGAUUGCCCGGUUAUGGUCGCUAAGCUACAGCGAUUUAUAUGUGAUAUGUAAUAGAACUCAUUAAGUUUUGUUAUAGAAAGUUCUUUCUGUUUAGUAAGAGAAUUGAGUAAUUUUACAGUGAGAAAAAGCAUACCAAAAGAAAACUUGAAGAUGUGUCUGAAGUUAUUGUAUUUUGUAAAUUAAGUUAUAUGCUGUACCAGGGAUUUUUGCCUUAUUGAAAGAGGCCUGAAAAUGUGAUUGGAGUCCUCAAGAAUGCUUUAUCAAGAAUAUUAUUUUUCUAAUGUAACUAUUCUCCAUUACAAGUUCUUUUAACAUGGAUUGCAUAUCAAUUUUCAUAAACAUGUAAAUAAGGAAGAAACCAGUGUUACUGUAUUGUAUUUGGUAUGUAACAUUCAGGUUUAUGCAUCAAAAUAAAUAUUCAGUUGCAUUACUGUUACAAAUUUUAUAGCAGAUAUAUUAAUUUUUAUCAAUAAAUAUGACUUCUACCA